AUGGCGGACCAGAACGAUGUGGACUUGGACUCCAUCAUCGACCGUCUCCUCGAAGUUCGCGGCAGCCGACCAGGAAAGCAGGUGCAGCUGCUCGAGACUGAAAUAAGGUAUCUGUGUACCAAGGCCCGCGAGAUCUUCAUCUCCCAGCCCAUACUACUCGAACUUGAAGCGCCGAUAAAGAUCUGCGGUGACAUUCACGGACAGUACUACGAUCUGCUGCGCCUCUUCGAAUACGGCGGGUUCCCACCAGAGGCCAACUACCUUUUCCUGGGCGAUUACGUGGACCGAGGAAAGCAGUCGCUCGAGACCAUCUGCCUGCUGCUGGCGUACAAGAUCAAGUAUCCCGAGAACUUCUUCAUCCUCCGCGGCAACCACGAGUGCGCGAGCAUCAACCGCAUCUACGGAUUCUACGAUGAGUGCAAGAGACGGUACAACAUCAAGCUGUGGAAGACAUUUACCGAUUGCUUCAACUGCUUGCCGAUUGCCGCCAUCAUCGACGAGAAGAUCUUCACAAUGCACGGCGGCCUCAGCCCCGAUCUCAACUCUAUGGAGCAGAUCCGCCGCGUCAUGCGCCCAACAGAUAUUCCUGAUUGCGGUCUGCUCUGUGACUUGUUGUGGUCUGACCCCGACAAGGAUAUCACAGGGUGGUCUGAGAACGAUCGAGGUGUCUCCUUCACCUUCGGUCCCGAUGUUGUGUCUCGCUUCCUACAAAAGCACGACAUGGAUCUCAUCUGCCGUGCGCAUCAAGUGGUGGAAGAUGGCUACGAGUUCUUCUCGAAACGCCAGUUGGUCACCCUCUUCUCUGCACCGAACUACUGCGGCGAGUUCGACAACGCUGGCGCCAUGAUGAGCGUGGACGAGUCUCUGCUAUGCUCGUUCCAGAUCUUGAAGCCGGCAGAGAAGAAGCAAAACAGAUUCGGCAGACGAUAG